AUGCCUUACAGACCACCAACUAAGAAGCUGACGGCGCAUCAGUACUUCUACAUCUUCAUCAUCGAUGGCAUCGGCGCGGCGAUACUAUCAGGCGCAAUCAACUUCGGCAUUGCCUACUUGAUGUAUAUCUACUCCCUAGAGAAGGAUGAGCCCGUCAACCUAUUCCAGUUCCCCAACACGCUUGCAGGCGAUGCAGCGCUGACCAUUAUCCUCCAAUGCAUUAUCACCUGGCUCAUCGAGCUCCUUCUCGUCAACGGGGACCUGAAAGAAGGGCGUGUCCAACCCAUUGGUGUCGUCACUGAGCCAAGAUCACGUUGGCUGCGCUGGUAUCUGUUUCUUGAUAUCAAACAGGACGAUGAACGCAGCGGUGUGGCAGAUUGGUCUCGGUUUUUCAUCUCACAAGUGCUCCGUGCCUUCCUACUUUCCAUUCCGUCGUUCGUUUUGCUGUGGGGGCCUUCGGUUGGCAUUAUGACCGCAUUCGGAAAUCGUGACGGGGGCGACUGGACAUAUCACAAUGCUGCCAACCAGUGGGUUCCAGUCGUUUUCAAGGGAGUUCUUGGUGGUGUGUUGGGCUUCAUCACAACGCCUAUCAUUACCGUCUUUUGGCUGAUGCGGGCGGGUUGGGCAGUCCAGUAUGGCGAGGAGAAGUAUGGGCAAAAGUAA